CGCCGCCGCGCCAUACAGGGCGCACGCAUUGACGUACUCCGCAUACGUGCAUCCAGUAACCCGGUAGUGCAUGAUCGUUUGGGACCACUGCCAAUAUCGCGCUAUAUUUGGAACUCACAACCAUGGCAACAGGGUGGCUAGCAUGGGAGUGCGUAGUUUUCGGCGUGUUCGUGUGCGCGACGUCGUGUGCGCCGCUGUGGCGAGCGCGCGGCGCAGGCGCCGGUGGGAGCGCCAAACGCGCGUAUAUAUUCGCGGGGGGCGGGGUUAGCACGCUAACCAUGGUGCUAUCUGUUGCUAGAGGGACGCUUGGAGUGAGGAGCUUUUUGGGUUUUCCAUCAGAGCUGGUCUACCGAGGGUCUGCAAUGUGGGAGACCCUGUACGGGAUGAUCCUGGCCUUCCCGCUAGUCUGCUGGGUCUUCGUGCCUGUGUACUACAGGCUACAGACCAACUCCGUCUACGAAUACCUACAGAUGCGUUUCCACUGCGCCUGGGUCCGCCGAGCGGCUGCUGCCACCUUCCUCGUCCGCCAGCUCUUGAACCUGGCCGUCACUGUGUUCACUCCAACGGUGGCACUUCAUGCUGUGCUGGCGUUGCCUCAUUGGGCAUCAGCAGCGGCUUUGACUGCUGUUGGGAUAGUUUUUAAUUUGCUUGGAGGACUUUCUGCUGCUAUCAAAGCCGACGUGAUCCAAACAAUGACAAUGAUACUAGUGAGCGGUGCUUUCAUAAUCCAAGCGACCAUUCGUGCCGGCGGCCCGCAGAAAGUUCUAGCAGACAAUAUCGAUGGAGGCAGACUGCAGUUCUUCAAAUUUCACUGGGACCCAACGAUCCGCGUGGAUACCCUCUCAGCCAUUGUGGGCCAGCUCUUCAUGUCGCUAUCCAUCUACGGCUGCCAACAGACCUUUGUCCAGCGAUACUGUUCCAUGAACAGUGAAGCUCGAGUUCGGAGGACCCUGUUAGCUAAUGUGCCGGCUGUAGGUGUACUCUUCAGCUUGUCUUGGGUUGUUGGUAUGGCGCUCUAUGCUGUCUACAAGUACUGCGACCCGCUGAUGUCCGGCAGGAUCGCGGCUCCGGACGAGGUGUUACCGUUUUACGUUCAGGAUCAAUUCAGCUUCCUACCUGGCAUGCUUGGACUGUUCUUGGGGAGCUUGUUCAACGGGGCUUUGAGCUUCUUAGUAUCCAACGUGAACUCCCUGGCUACUGUGACAUGGGAAGACUUUGUGUCAGCCGCACCAGCGUUUCAAGGUAUCUCUGACAAGCAGCAGCUUACUGUGAUCAAGAUCAUUGGAGUUAUCUAUGCCAUCAUAAUCAUGUGCCUCUCCCUCUGCGUGGGCAUGGUCGGUGGCGUCAUCGAAGGCUCCAUGCUCGUCACCUCAGCCACCUCCGGAGCCCUACUUGGAGUCUUUGUGUUAGCCACUCUCUGUCCUAUCGCCAAUGGGAAGGGAGCGUUAUGGGGAAUGAUUGCAGCUCAUUUUAUCACUACCUGGAUGGCGGCCGGAAGGUUGCUGUAUGUAGAUACCAGUGUGGCUAUGCUGCCGUUGUCUGUUGAUGAAUGUCCUAACGGAACGAUGAACGUGUUCCACAAGCCGCUGCCAGUCGGAGUGAACCAGACGCUGAUGCAGCUGGAACAUCUGCUGAACGUGAACACGAGUCGGGUGUACGUCCCCCAGGAGUCUGUGAUCACCUCGGCCCUCCACCGAAUGUACGCGGUCUCGUAUAUGUGGUACGCCGUCAUCGGCACCUUCACCUGCGUCAUCAUCGGCUGCAUCAUCGGAGCCAUCACCAGCACCGAAGAUGAUGUCUUCGAUGAGCGGCUGCUGCAUCCGCUGGUAGUCAAGAUUUAUAAUAAGAUGCCAGGAAAGAAACGCACCUACAGUAACGAGAAAGCCAAAACACCAGAAAAGGACUCCAGUGAAAAAACUGACGUCACAUUAGCAGAAGAUUUGAAAGAAACAAAUUCUACCAAAAUCCCAAGCCCUGCAGUUAAAAAACAGGAAAAAGAACAGCCAGUGUUUGGUACAAGUAGUAGUAAAGAUGCACCAACAGUGGAUAUAAAAAGUGCGUUUUUAAAUCCAGCAAAAAUUGCUAUAACAGCUAUGAAAACUCAGCCAAAAGAUACACCGGCAGUUGCUUUUGCAACGACGAGUAGUAGACAUUUUGAUGCUUACGAUACUAAUGUUAAAGGAUCGCCUCUGCCUGUGAGGACUCGGUUGUGAUGGGGAUAUUAAAGUAAUAUUUGUGAUAAAAUAUAGUAUAUAAAUAUAACACAGGGAUUAAUAAAGAGAAUAAGGGCAAUGUUCAUGAGAGAUUUGAAAAUGUUUGAUAUGAAGACGUAGAGAGUAGAGACCAUUGAUAUGGGUUCUCAACUUGAUGUCAAGAUAAUAUCGUAGGUCGAUUACUAGAUUAAGAGCGUUUUGUGUCGUUGAUUAUGAUUGUGAAGAAUUUAAGCAUUGUUUUGUAAGCAUAACACACAAAAAUUAACACUCAACACUAGUGAUUACACCAAUAUGCCUAACACAGGAAAAACUAUAUAGAUAACACAGGAAAUUGAUGGUUAUGACAGAAAUAAUUAUUAUGAUUUUUUUUUUAUCGUUGUGUUCAUCGUAAAGUAUUUUAAGUGAUGUGAGGUCAUUGGUGGAGCAGGUAACAGGUACACGGAAUUGUUUUUCCGUUGCUGGCUGUACUAACCUGAGUUUUUUUUGCUAUAAUAUGGCUUAGCAUUACAAAGUGUCUUUAUAAAUUACUGUUAUGAUAUUUUUACACUUUGUUCUCUCAAAGUGGCGCAUAAUUAGCUUGGUCAUACUCUUAGUUGUGUUAUAUAUUGGUUAAAUUAACCAUGUUAAUAUAAAUAUUAUGUUAAUGUAGAUUACCGAAGGGGCCAACAGACUACCAGUUCGCUGGACUAUAUAAAUACCGGCGAACAACCUGACAAACAUAUAAUUAGUGUCAAUCUGAUUUUAUAUUCAAUUGUAAUAAUGUUUCCAGUAUUGAACUGUAAUUGUAAUUUAUUUGAAAAAAAAAUUUUAUGACAUUACAGAUAAAUCCAAUGCGUCAUGAAAUUAAAUUUCAAAAAACAGUAAAUAAGAACAUAAAAAAAUAGUACAAUCAAUUAAAGUUUUACAACUAAACAAUUGAUUUGGGCGAUGACGGAACAGUAUAAAUGCUUUGGCUCCGGCAGUAAAUUUAUAUUGUACUUCUGUUGAAUAAAUGAAUAAACUCAUAUCGUCUGGCGAACAUCUAUUCUUAUGACAGAGCCAGACUGCGGUUUGACCGCCGAGUAGCGUCAAUGACUGACACUUCAGGGACGCGGGCUGGUAAUCUGCAGACCCCUUUAAUUUGAUCUGUGGUACUUAAAGUACCUAUGUUAAAUUAAUAUUUAUUUUAAGAAGCCAUGUUUCCAGUAUUGGGAAGUAUAGGCUGAUAAAUGACUUAUUUACAAGUUUAUUACCGAAAUUAUUUAGAUUAGGUAUUAUAUAAUAGUAUAUUAUGCCUGUAGAGCAUGUUAAAACGAUUAAUUGAUGGUCCAAAUUAAAAAAAAAAUUGUAGUCAAUAUUGAUUAAUGUGAAUUCUGUUAAAUAUGUUCUAAGUCCAUGCGUCAUAUUAAAUGAUGCUAACUCAAAUCAAGUAUAAAUUGAUGGAAACUAUAAUAAAUUUUAUUAUUACUACACAAAGGGGCUAUACCUUUUGUAAAUAUUAAGUUAUUACUACACAAAGGGGUUAUACCUUUUGUAAAUAUUAAGUAAUCUAUGGGACAAGUGAGUUAGUACGUGAAAAUUGCGCCUUAUGGAACAGAAAAUAAAGUUUUUGAGUUAUUAAUUAAUAUUUUAAUCUAGGAAAAGCAAACUCGUCCAUAGUGAAAGGGCCUAUAGGUUAUAGACCCUUUCACUAUGGUUUAUAUUUGUUACGAGGUUCGAUUCGAGAAACGUCAAAAAUUAGAUAAAUACGAUAUGGAUCGGAUAGACCAGUCUCAAGUGGUGUUUUUGUUUGAACACGACGUUGGCAUAUCCUAUCCAUAUCAAACUUAGAUCUAUUUUUUGCAGUUGUUAUUUGAAUGUUUAAGAUAUAAAAUAAAAGACAUAAAACGGCCACCGGCCUUUAUUUAUGUGAUCUUUCUCAGUAUUAGUUAUUUUAGUAAGUUAACUAUAAUAUAAGUACUCAAUUAAGGUAUGUUGGAUGGAGUGCCAAUAUUUUUGUAAUAUUAUUAUGAUGUGAUAACGCAGUGCAAUAAAUAUUUUUGAUUAUG